UAUGUUUUUCUUGCAGAUGAAACUCUUCCUUAUCGUUUUGGCCAGUGUAAUUGGUAUCAUCGCUGCAGAAGACUGCUUUUGCGGUCUUUUCGUCGAACACGAUGGAGUUAUCCCAGAAACUGUUGGUCCAAUUCAAGUUUUAGAUAAUGUUACAACUACUACUUGCAAUGAUGAAGGAGAAAUUGACUGUGAAUUUCACUGUCUUCAAGUUGCUCGUUAUUAUGAAAGCUCUCCCAUGUGGGCUAUUGAUGCUAUGUAUCCCGGAGAAAACUUUACCGUUGGUCAAUUUCUUUGCAAUAGUGUCAGAACCGUCGAAGGAGCUGAUUACGAAUAUGUUGAAAAUAGCGUAGUCGAAUUUCAUAGACAAAUUGGACAAACACCAGGCGCUUGUUAUCCAUUCAGCUACAUAACUGGAUCAAGGAGCCAUACCCUGUGCUGCGAUGAGGAUGGAGUUUGGUCACAAUGCGGUUCUAAAUCUGAUUUUUCGUUUCUGCAAAAGCCUAACGUUCAUAUAAAAGACGAGAGUUAUGUAAUUGAUAAAUUACAAGGAUUCGGUAAAGAUGGUAUUGAUAAAUUACAGGUCAUAAGCGAUUUUGAUGGAACUUUAUCAAAGUACGCAGAUGAAAGUGGAAAAAUAUUCGAUUCGUGCCAUGCUGCAAUGGACAACAGCAAUGCCGUUCCCUUGGAAUACAGAGAUAUGGCUUACAAACUUCGUGAUAAGUACUAUCCAAUUGAAAUUGAUAAUAGUAUGACAGCCGAAGAAAAGACACCGUUUAUGAUUGAAUGGUGGUCAAAAGCUCAUGAAGGUCUAAUUAAACACAAUAUUACUAGAGAAAGUGUAAAAAAUGCUGCUUAUAAUUCUAAUAUCACACUAAGAGACGGUGCUACUCAGUUUAUAAGACGUUUAUCGGAAUUAGAAGUACCAGUAUUGGUUUUCAGCGCUGGUAUAGGCAAUGUUAUUCAAGAAGUUUUAACGAAAAAUGAGAUUCUGCUGAAAAAUGUUAAAAUUGUUUCUAAUAUGAUGAAAUGGGAUAAAAACGAUAUUCUUGUUGACUUUGAAGAACCGCUUAUUCAUGUAUUGAAUAAAUCGGAAAAAGCUCUGAAAACAACAUCUUACUUUUCAACGCUAGAACAUCGUCCAAAUAUUAUUUUAAUGGGUGAUCAUUUAGGCGAUUUACAAAUGGCUGAUGGAGCAUUAACAGGAGAUUAUAUGCCGCUAACUAUUGGUUUCUUAAAUGAUGAAGUUGAUAAGAGGUUAGAAACGUUUAAAAAGUCUUUCGAUAUAGUCUUGACAAAAGAUAACACUUUCGACUGCGUAUCAUCGGCUCUUGAGUAUUUUACAUCCAUUUAG